AAAAAAGCUAUUACUUUCAAAAUAGCAUAUCUUAAAUUAUUCUGAAUUUUUAUGAUAAGGUAAUUCAAAGUCACAAUUUUUAUAAAUAAUGCUGGAUCUAGAAUUUUUAAUUAUUGAAAAAGAAUCAAUGUAAGAUGUCGUUUAAACAUAUACAAUUAAUAGCUCAGUUACUUAUGAAUUCAAUAGGGAUAGCAUGAAAAAUGUUAUUAAUAUUAGAUUAGCUGCCUCUAUCCUUAAGGAAUAAAGGUAAAUAUUUAUCCAUUUAGUAUACUUACAUUAUGGAUAAUUCAGAAAUAAUGGAGUUGAAAUAUUAAAAUAGAUUGUUUGAACACAACUUUCGUUUGCCUAUGGAAAAACAGGAUAGUAAUAAUCUUGAUUAUUAUAGAUAUAAAGAUUGAAGAAAAAAAUUGAUUAUUUUUACUUAUGAUAACUCAUGAAAAUGUUGCAUAGUGUAUUUUAAAAGCAACAGAAAAGG